CACACGGGAGGAGGCUGCACACCGCCUCGGUCCUGUGAAGCGUUCACAGGUUUCUCCUGCUGCUGCUCUCCGGUUCGAACCGCCGUGUUUACACCGUCAGCGCGGUUGAUACCGCACAGCGUCUCAUUUAAGAACUUCCGGUGAGAAUUUGACACCUGGGAAGAGUGGGACGAGAUAAUUACUGCUCCUUUCUCCCACCAGCGCGGUUUUAACAGAGAACUUCCAGAGGCAUCAUGCAAGUUUACGUGGCUGUGAUAUUCGCUUGUGGAGUGUCUGCACUCAAUACCACAGAGGAGAAGGGUACAUGCCCACUUGGAUAUUUUCCCUGUGGCAAUCUGACAGUCUGCCUCCCGCAGCUCCUGCACUGCAACGGCAUUGAUGACUGUGGAAACCAGGCAGACGAGGAGAACUGCGGAGACAACAAUGGAUGGCCGCACCUUUUUGACAAAUAUUUUGGCAUGCCGAGUCAUAAUACCAGGACCAAGUCCAACAUAUGCUUGCUGGGCGUCGUUCCUGAGCUCUGCCAGUGCCGAGACCUGGAGCUGGACUGUGACAGCGCUCAGCUCCGAGAGAUCCCCAUAGUGGCGAUAAAUGUCACCGUUAUGUCCUUACAAAGAAACAGGCUUCACAGACUGAAAGCAAAAGGAUUCUUUAACUACCAAAGCCUUCAGAAACUAUAUCUACAGCACAACAAUAUUCAAGAUGUGAAUCCUGAUGCAUUCAGAGGGCUUCAUAAUCUAACAAGACUGUACCUGAGUUACAACAAGAUAAUAGUAUUGAUGCCAGGAGUGUUCAAUGACCUGCACAAGCUGGAGUGGCUGAUCCUGGAAAACAAUAAUAUCCAUCAGAUAUCUACCAUGACAUUUUCAGGACUUAACUCUCUUGUUUUACUGGUUUUGUUGAACAACUCCCUGACAAAGUUGGAUGACAUCUGCCAGGAAAUGCCCAGACUGAACUGGCUGGAUUUGGAGGGAAAUCUAAUUGAAAAAAUUGGAAAUGCUUCUCUCCAUUCAUGCACCAUGUUGACAGUUCUGGUGUUGCAGCGAAACAGGAUCAGCUACAUACACGAACAAGCAUUCUCAGUCCUCCAAAAGCUCGGAGAAUUGGAUCUGUCCAGCAACAGACUGGUGGCCAUACCUCCCAAUCUAUUUGUCUUACUGGAGGAUUUGCUCCAACUAAACAUAUCCUACAAUCCCAUCGUGGAGCUUCAAAUGGAUCACUUUGACAAGUUACAUAAACUGAAGUCUUUGAGCAUAGAGGGAAUAGAAAUUGAUAACAUACAGCGAAGGAUGUUUGAACCUCUCAGAUACUUGACUCACAUCUAUUUCAAGAAGUUCCAGUACUGCGGCUAUGCCCCUCACGUGCGCAGCUGCAAGCCCAACACAGAUGGCAUCUCAUCUUUUGAGGACCUGCUGGCCAACAUCGUCCUGAGGGUUUUUGUCUGGGUUGUCUCUGCCACCACAUGCUUUGGCAACAUCUUUGUCAUCUGCAUGCGCUCGUAUAUCCGCUCUGAGAACAAACUCCACGCCAUGUGCAUCAUCUCCCUCUGCUGUGCUGAUGGCCUGAUGGGUAUUUAUCUCUUCAUGAUUGGUGCGUAUGACCUGAAGUUUCGUGGUGAAUAUAAUCGUCAUGCUCAAGCCUGGAUGGACAGCUCUCAGUGUCAGGUCAUUGGCUCUUUGGCUAUGCUGUCUACCGAAGUGUCCGUGCUGCUCCUCACGUAUCUCACCUUGGAGAAGUACAUCUGUAUUGUUUACCCUUUCCACUACCUGACUCCCGGCUGGCGACGGACUGUCAGUAUCCUGUUCGGGAUAUGGGUGUUUGGAUUUGUCAUCGCCUUUUUGCCUCUGGCCUGCAAGGGUUUAUUUCGCAACUUUUAUGGCACCAAUGGAGUCUGCUUCCCUUUGCACUCGGAACAGCCAGAGACGCCCUGGGCGCAUGUGUACUCCAUUGUUAUUUUUCUUGGUCUCAACUUGGUGGCAUUCCUCAUAAUUGUCUUCUCCUAUGCAAGCAUGUUCUAUAACAUCCAGAGAACAGGGACUCAGACCACCAAGUACAGCAACCACAUAAAAAAAGAGGUGACCAUCGCCAAGCGGUUCUUCUCUAUCGUCAUCACUGAUUCCCUCUGCUGGAUCCCCAUUUUUGUUCUCAAGAUCCUUUCACUGCUGCAAGUGGAAAUUCCCGGUACCAUCAGUUCCUGGGUCGUCAUCUUUAUUCUCCCCAUCAACAGUGCCCUGAACCCCAUCCUCUACACGCUAACCACGCGGCCUUUCAAAGAAACAAUCCUCCAGGUGUGGGCAAACUACAGACAGAAAAGGCCUCUGCUCAGCGGUCACCCGCCACAUCAUCCGUCUCUCACCUGGCAGGAAAUGUGGCCCCUCCAGGAAAACAGCCACGGCGUCUCCCCAGGGUGUCUGCUGGAGGCGAAAGACACAGCAGCCAAACUUACCCCCGUGGAGAACCCGGAUGAAGCAUACAAUGACUUUAAUGCGAGCACGAAACAACAACAGCAGAAGCAGCAUGCCGUGUUAUCGGUGUGCUCGCAGAAUAAGACGGUACCCCAAACACUCACACAUAUUCACACCUUCACACAAACAAAUGACCUCCUCUAAGUGACUAAGAAUUGAUCUGUUUGUAUGUCUGUAUAAUUCUCCUCAACCACAUUAACAUUUCAGGUCCAUUCAUCUAAACUCUUUUAAUUAUUCCCUUAACAAUGGAACUUAGGCCACAAUCUGUGCACAGAUUUCUCAUUUAAAGUGAAAAACCAUGCCAGUAGUAUCCAUGAUGCUUAGCAGUAAACACAGUUAUCAAAGAUUUACAACUACCUUGUUAAACAUUUUAUUCUGCAUUUUCUCUAGAACUCACCUCACUUACAAAUCAAAG